GCGUCAGUUGUGGCUGUCGGUCGACGGAAUUGGUUCACUAUGGCGCCCGUGAGGCCGGCAGCGAGGUUGAGAACUGGUGGUUUGGGGCCGCGUGUGGAGGGGGUUUCACCUGCCGGAUGCAGGAAUAAGAAUGUGAAACAGAGGACCUGGCGGCCUAACUAUCCUCAGGCUUUCUCGGGAAGCGUUCGCGAGGGACAAGGCUUUGCAUUUCGGAGAAAACUGAAGAUUCAGAAACAUUACAAGAAAUUGCUAUGGAAGAAAAAGAGGGCUCAAACUUCACAGGAAUCCCAAUUCACAGAUCACUACCCAGAUCACCUAAAACAUCUUUAUUUAGCUGAGGAAGAAAGACUCAAGAAGGAACUGAGGAAAGUUAAACAGCCUUUGUCAGAAGAACAAGUUGAUCAGCCUUUGCCUGAAAAAGAGUGUAGCAUAGACCAGACUUUGUCUGAAGACCAAUAUAGUGUUCAUCAGCCUCAACCAGAACAGUGCAGCAAAACAGAAAAUUCUGUGACUGUUCCAAAAAAGAAUAAAAAGAAAACAUCAAAUCAAAAAGCACUAGAAGAAUAUGAACAGAUACAAGCCAAACGUGCUGCCAAGAAACAAGAGUUCGAGAGGAGAAAAAAAGAGAGAGAAGAAGCUCAAAGACUCUACAAAAAGAAGAAAAUGGAAGUGUUCAAAAUAUUGAGCAAAAAGACUAGAAAGGGCCAGCCAAACUUGAAUUUGCAAAUGGAGUAUCUUCUUCAAAAAAUACAAGAAAAAAGUUAAAUCAGAUAUUUUUUUCUUAAGGAAAAAUGAUUGAAGGUUAAAUAUCUACUAAAUUCUGCAAAUAUUUUUGUUCUUAUAAAAGAAAAUUUUCUAUAUAUGCUAUAGAUUUUGUGAUUUUAUUUAUUUUCCUCUGGAGGAAGGAUGACCUGAAGAACUGAAAGAAUCUUUUAUUUGCGAAACAUGCUCAAGCAUGUACUGCUUUUGAAUCAUAUGAAAUUUGUGUGAAAUAAAAUGUUUUAAAAAUAAGGGCAUCAGCUUUCAAUGAAGCAUUUCAGGUACAAGUACAUGUUUCAAUUUAGUAAUCACCUACUGAAUAUCGCUUUUAAAUUCAUUUUUAUGAGAGGGAAGUCAGAGACUCCUUGGGAAUGUUUAAUAUUUUUAAAUUUUCUUUAUUUGUUUUAAAUUAAGUGUAUGCUAUAGGAGAAUUUAUUUUCCAGACACCUGAGAAUAGGAUACCUGGGUUAUUUGAGCAUAUUGCCAUCAUAACAAGGUAGAUUCAGUAAAACAGUUUGGCUUAAGAAUUGAGUCUGAUAUUUAUUAACAAUCCCUUAAGUGCAAACACAUAGCUUAUUAAUGUAAAAUCUUUUAAAUGAUUAUGGAAACCCCACAGGGUCACAGUAAGAAUUAAGCUUUCUAGAUCCCGUGGGAGCUAUAUCAUGAGAGCAUGGUCACCAUGUAAUCCUGUUGGUAUAGUAAGCUGAGAGAAAAUACAGCUGUUUCUAUGCCUUGUCAUUGCAACAAAAUAAGAAAAGUUUUACUAUAGUCAUUGUAAGCAAAAAGAUUGUACAAGAAUAGUUGUAAAGCAUUGUAUGUUUUUAAAUGAUAGCAAAUGCUGUCUAAAAUUGUGUUAAGGUUUUAGGGAACCUCUAUUCUCUGCUGAUUUCUUCCUGCAUUUGAAAGUACAAUAGGGAAUGCUUAGGAAACACUAAAUUUAUUUUCUAUUGCAUAGCAAAAUAGUACUCAGAAAUUUGCACUACAGUGUAUUGUACUUAAGCAGACUGGAAAGACCACCAAUAUUUGGCUACAUUGUAAAGACAAUACAUUAUGAUGCUUAGUAAAAGAUGGCAGUGAACUUUAAAAUCAUUUCAAGUUUGUAUUCCUCUAGAUAGUUUAGUCAUAAAACAUGGAAGGAGAUCUAGUCAUUUUGAGAGAUGAGUGAAAAUUUCACUUUCACUUUUUUGUUGAGCAGCUACUAUAUGCAAAGUUUUAUUUGGAGAUAUUCUUAAAAAAAAGAUUAUCUUACAGGGAAUAAAUGUCAAUUGACAUUAUAAGGCAAAAAGUAAGCAGUAUCAGAUACAAAAGGUUCUAGUGAACUAGAAAAUCACGUAAGGAACUUCAUUAAAAGCAUAUCUAAUGGCCCUACCCUCAAAGAUUUGGACAAUGUAGAUGGGCUCCUCAAGUGAUUUGCAGGUACACCUUACAAAGCAUCAGGGCAGAACCUCUGGAAAGAGAUUUCAUUUGAAGAAAUCAGGAAAAAUUUAAGAAAAUUUUAGAAAGGGAAAGAAAGCAUUGAGUGUACUGAAAGAACAAAAAAAUGUUUAUGAAAUAUAUUAUUGCUAGUGGAAUAUAACACUUUGUGUCUAUUCUGAAUGUUAUCUUCUGUAAGGAGACACCAAUAAUAACGCCAACAGUCAUGAACUCCUUUCCCCUG